CAUACACUAACCAAAGUACUCCCUUAGAUUGGCCACACAACCUUUUCUUUUUGGACCUUUGCCGCUUAGCUGCCGAUUCUAUUCCCUUUUUUAAAUCAUUUAGAAUUUUAUCGGACAACUAAAUGCCUUCAACUAAUUCAAGCAUACCAUGGUAACCAUGCCAACACCCUAUAAAUACACAUAAACCCUUUCAAGCGGUCCUUAGAGUACUUCACCUACACCGCCUUUCUUGCAUCAGUAGACAUUGCUCGCUAUAGCUAAUUAAGAGCAAAAGAUCAUAUCUUCUCAAAUGGGUAGGGAAAGCAUUAAUGAUCCUACCAUUGUUUUUCAAUCAUCCAUUGCUCUACUGCAGGAGAGGUUCAGGCAGUUGCAGAGAAUGAAGGAGAUGAGAGAAGAGAGGGAACUACUAAGAAAGCACGCUGAGCCUAAACAAUGCAACCCCACCUUGCCUUAUGAGCCAUCAAGGUUGUUCUUUCACUUCUUGCCACCAAGGUCACCACCUCCUCAAGUACCUUUCUCCCUCUGGUCUGGUUCACAACACAGGUGUUCUGGUACUGAUUCUCAGUCCACGGAGGCCCCACUUUUUGCGAGUUUAUUGCCCACAGCCUCAAAGAUACCUGAUUCUAUGCAUGUCUCUCAGAACAAAUUCGAUGAUUCGGAUUGUGAUGAUGUGGAUACCUCCCUUCACCUGUAAACAAAUUAACCCAUACUUCGUUUGGUGCUGUAAUAGUGAAAGAGUUAGUGAUAUUAUUGUAGUGAUGGAUAUCAUCCAUCGAAUAUAAUUAAUUUACCUUCCUGUUUGUGCUAUAUGAUAAUAUGAAGCUAGCUAUAUAUAAUUAGCUGAUAUUCCAGCUUUUUGGCGUCA